AUGGUGUCCAAAAAGCCCAGAAUUGUGAUAAUUGGUGCAGGAAUGGCUGGAUUAACUGCUGCUAACAAGCUCCACACAGCUUCUAGCACAAAAGAACUUUUUGAGCUUUUGGUUGUGGAGGGUGGAACAAGAAUUGGUGGCAGGAUUAACACUUCUGAAUUUUGUGGCGACAGGAUUGAGCUUGGAGCUACUUGGAUCCAUGGAAUUGGUGGUAGCCCAGUUUACAAAAUUGCUCAAGAAAUCAGUUCAUUGGAAUCUGAGCAGCCAUGGGAAUGUAUGGAUGGAAAUUUGGAGGAACCUUUGACCAUAGCUGAAGGAGGGUAUGAUCUUAAUCCAUCAUUUGUUGAGUCUAUUUCUAGCCUUUUCAAGAAUCUGAUGGAUUUAGCUCAAGGGAAAGUGAUUAACGAAGAUUGUGAAAUCGUUGCGCGUUUGAAGCAAGCUGCAGCCAAAUCUGCUGGAGAUCUCAGUGUUGGUUCUUUUCUCCAGCAAGGCCUCGAUGCUUAUUGGAGCCUAACUAAAGACGAGAAGCUUGCUGUCAACGGAUUUGGCAAUUGGAGUGGAAAAUCACUCCAAGAAGCCAUUUUUGCGAUGCAUGAGUACACACAAAGGACUUAUACAUCGGCCGAUAACUUGCACAGUCUUGAUUACAAUGCAGAAAGUGAGUACAAGAUGUUUCCUGGUGAAGAAAUAACUAUUGCAAAAGGUUACUUGAGUGUGAUUCAAUCACUGGUUUCUGUAUUACCAGCUGGUUUGAUCCAAUUAGGCCGGAAAGUGGUGAAAAUCGAAUGGCAGCUUGAGACGAAGAAGAACGGGGAGAUCACCAAUGGAUGGCCAGUUAAGCUACAUUUUUCCGAUGGAUCAACAAUGUAUGCUGAUCAUGUAAUUGUCACAGUUUCACUUGGAGUUCUUAAGCAAGGAAUUCAACAUGAUUCCGGUUUGUUUAGCCCCCCACUACCUAGUUUCAAGACUGGAGCAAUUUCAAGGCUGGGAUAUGGUGUUGUUGACAAACUGUUUUUGCAACUAAGUAACUCAGAUGAUGAUCAAGAAAUCAAUGGUUGCAACACAAAAUUUCCGUUCUUGCAAAUGGUUUUUCAUCAAACAGAUUCCAAUUUAAGGCACCCAAAAAUCCCAUGGUGGAUCAGGAGAACAGCUUCUAUAUCUCCAAUUUACAGCAAUUCAAGAGUCUUGUUAUCAUGGUUUGCAGGCAAAGAAGCCCUACAACUUGAAUCCCUCAAUGAUGAAGAUAUUCUAAAUGGGGUUUCAACAACUGUUUCCAACUUGUUAUCCCACAACUUAUGUAAUUCUGCAGGAAUUCCUCAACCAAAAUUUGAUAAAGUUUUGAGGACUAAAUGGGGUACUGAUCCUCUCUUCUUGGGAUCAUAUAGUUAUGUGGCAGUCGGAUCAAGUGGCGACGAUUUGGAUACUCUGGCCGAGCCGUUACCAAAAACCGGCACUACUUGUUCUGAUUCAUUGUCGUCGUCCUCCCCACUGCAAAUUCUAUUUGCAGGAGAAGCAACACACAGAACACACUACUCAACCACUCAUGGAGCUUACUUUAGUGGUCUUAGAGAAGCUAAUAGGCUUCUUAAACACUAUAAUUGUAUUGUUGUAUGA